AUGAAGUUCACUGGAUUUGUUCUGUCUCUCGCUUUGACCGGUAUGGUCACUGCCGCCGCUAUUCCUAGCAUGCCUGGUGCUGAUGGUGCCGUUGGUGGUCUGGAGGGUGCUGCCGAGGGAACGGUUGCCGCCAUCACCGGUAGCCACAUCAAGCGCCAACUGAAUGCUGCCCAGCCCGUCACUGAGGCUGCGGCUAGCUCUCUGAAUGGCGGCACCGGCAUUGUCGGGAGUGCUGCUGGUACGGCUGAGAGCACCAGCCAAGGUGCCGUUGGCACCGGUGAGAGCACUGUCGCUGGCGCAGCCGGAGCUGCUAAGCGCCAACUGAAUGCUGCCCAGCCCGUCACUGAUGGUGGCGCUAGCUCGCUCAACGGGGCUACUGGCAUUGUCGGCAGUGUUGCUGGUACGGCUGAGAGCACCAGCCAAGGUGCCGUUGGCACCGCUGAAAGCACUGUCGCUGGCGCAGCCGGAGCUGCUAAGCGCCAAUUGAAUGCUGCGCAGCCCGUCACUGAGGCUGCGGCUAGCUCCCUGAAUGGCGGCGGCACCGGCCUUGUUGGCAGUACUGCUGGUACUGCUGAGAGCACAGGCCAGGGCGCAGUCGGUACUGUUGAGAGCACGGUUGCUGGUGCGGGAUCUGAGCAAUAA